AUGGCAGCCCCUCCCCAGAGCCCCACCAUCGACUACUCAAAGCAAACCAACCGCAGAUAUGGACCGACAGCAUCUUCCGCGCCCGUGCCAUCAACUGCUUCACUGCUUGGUGGUGCCGGUGGUGGAGGUCAACCCCCCGCCGCUGGCGCGCAACGAUCUUCAAUGCGAUCUUCCAUGAGAUCGUCCAUGGGUCCUCGUAACCCAAACCAGGCCGCAGGGGACGGAUGGGGAUGGAAUGAUCCUGAAGCAGAUGACUAUCUCCAUAACCCAGACCCAAAGCGUGAUCGCAAAAACGACCGCGGAGGCUCCGUCUUCACUGCUCGAGGUGUCAUCAACGUGGGAUGCCUCUUCCUGCUGUUCAUUUGCUUGAUCACCCUAUUUGCUGGGUACCCCAUCAUCACCCACUACACCGAGCCUUCCCAGUCCACCAAUGGGGCAUACAACCUCGGAGGGAUAAACGCGACUGGCCAAGUUCCGGCCAUCGUUGGCUUCCCUCCUCUUAUCGACCCCGAUACUCCGCAGAACGUCUAUUCUCGUGUCGGAUUCGACAACCAGCAGUACAACCUCGUUUUCUCUGACGAGUUCAACAAGGACGGAAGGACCUUCUAUCCCGGCGAUGACCCUUACUGGCAGGCAGUUGACCUUGAGUGGUACGACCCGUCGGCAAUCACGACAGAAGGCGGAAACCUGAAGAUCACCAUGUCACAACAGCCACUCCACGACCUCCAGUUCCAAUCCGGUAUGCUUCAGUCGUGGAACCAACUUUGCUUCCAGUACAGCUACUACAUGGAAGUCCGCGUGUCGUUGCCAGGCAGCAACAGGGUGGCAGGCUUUUGGCCUGGCAUUUGGACCAUGGGCAACCUUGGACGACCCGGUUAUGGCGCAACGACGGACGGCGUCUGGCCUUACACGUAUGACUCGUGCGAUGUCGGCACAGCCCCGAAUCAGACCUAUAACGGUCUUCCGCGAGCGGCUCUCACGACUGGCACCGAUGACGGCUCACUUUCAUAUGCCAGCCUCCCUGGCCAACGGUUGUCUUCAUGUACUUGCAGAGGAGAAGACCACCCAGGCCCAACCGUCAACACGGGUCGGGGAGCUCCCGAAAUCGACGUCAUCGAGGCUCAAAUCUCCGGCACUGUUGGCCAGAUGUCGCAAUCCGUCCAAGUCGCUCCAUUUGAUGACUUCUAUCAAUUCAACAACCGGUCAAAUGCGGUCGAGAUCUACAACUCGGACGUCACGCUUUGGAACACAUACCUCGGUGGUGUUUUCCAACAGGCCGUCUCAGGCCUCACCAGUGUCGACAGCUCAGUGUAUCAGGCGACUAGUGGGCGAUUCAACAUCUAUGGCGUGGAAGUCUUCUCCGAUCCUAAGAACCGAGGCGCUGGCCACAUCACUUGGGUGUCCAGCGGCGUGAAGACUUGGACCAUGUAUCCAGCAGCUGUUGGCCCCAACGACCGAGUCAGCAUUGGCCAGCGUUUGAUUUCCGAGGAGCCUAUGGCAAUGAUUCUCAACUUCGGCAUGUCGAACGGCUUCCAGUCAGUGGACCUGGGUAAUCUCAAAUUCCCGGCCCAAAUGCUCGUCGACUAUGUGCGGGUAUACCAGCGCAAGGAGGGAGUACUGGGGUGCGAUCCGGCUGAUCACCCAACUUCGGCCUACAUCGCGAAGCACCCCGAGGCUUACAGCAACCCCAACCUCACGACUUGGGCGCAGGCCGGUAACAAGUUCCCUAAAAACAGUUUCCUUGGCCAGUGCUAG